AGAAGUCACAAGUUUCCUUUACAAAUUAUAAGUUCGUUUUCUAAGAGGAGAUAAGAAAAUGUCUAGCAACAGUCAGAGCUUCAACGCUGGCCAAGCUAAAGGCCAAACCCAGGAGAAGGCAAGCAACCUGAUGGACAAGGCCUCUAAUGCUGCUCAAUCUGCCAAGGAAUCUUUGUCAGAGGGUGGACAGCAGCUGAAGCAGAAAGCACAGGGUGCGACUGAGGCAAUUAAGGAAAAGACGGGCUUGGGCAAAUGAGAACGCACGUUCCUAAUAAGAAUUUACGUUUUUAUUCCUACCAUACUAUUACUAAUAAUAGAUAGGUUUAUCUAUCUAAAGCCUAAGAUUAAGGAUUUCAAACGAAGCCGUUUAGGCAAUAUCUUUUCUGGAUUAUCUAAGAUAUUCAAUAGCAAUCCAAGGGUUGUUGACUUUUAUCUUUUGAUUAAUAUGUAGCCUUGCAGUUAUUUGAUAUUUCUAUAUAAUUUAAUAAAAAUAUGUAAUAAAAGUAUAUUGGAACACAUGGAGUUGUAGCUUA